AGCAACCGAAGAAGAUUCCAGGUAACGUCGGGCAGUUGGACAAUGUGAGGUGAUUACUUGUCGGAACAGGUACCACUGCCGGCGGGAAAAUUACUGUGCCUCCAAAGAAGGGUGGGUUGCACCUGCCUCUUCUCACAUCAUAAGUAAAUAUCAUCCACAGUGUCUUCCCCUUGGUCAAGUCAUCUUUUGCGCGCAUCGUUUGCCAUGCUUUUGUGCUAUUACGUUCGUUCGACUAUCAGUUCUUAUGCUUUCCCAUACUCGUCUAUGUACAGAUGAGCCUUCAGACCGGGAGUGAAAUGGACAAUGACUGCAAUGGUCUUCCUUGCCCAAGUCAGAUUGCAAUAGCUCUACUAAUUGUCAAAUCCAAGCCCACUCAUUCAUCCAUCGAAGAACACCUCAACAGCCUACGGAAGGCUGUAAUCCAAGAGCCCCAUGCAGGUUCUCCGACGUUUGACUUCGAUCCAGCUGUUUAUUGGGAGGCACAAUAUCAGAUCCUUGAGUCAGAGAAAAUGAGACUGCUAGAUGAGAUUGCUGCGCUCAAAGAAGGACCGAGAGCCGACCGAGACUCAAAAGCCACCGAACCACCCGCAAUAUCGUCAGCUCUAGGAAAGAGGAAACGAACCAAUGCAUCAGUGGUGGAAGACUCACCGCAAACCAAGAGGAAUGGUCAUGAUACCGGGGAUGUGCUGAGCGAUGACGGUCUUCAGGCUACUGGUGCGAAGGCCACCAGUGGCAGAUCUGAUCGUACAGCGAUCCUUCGCGGUUUCUUUUCUCUUCGCCGCGACCUGCACCUCAAAAAGCCUAGUCGUGACAACCUGCUGUCUGCGGUCAAGGCCAUCACAAGUGGACUCUGUAAAGGUUUUCAAUUUGCAUACGGCAAUGUUGGAGUGGACGAUGCUAGGCGCGAGUCAUACUCAGUUGAUGAGCUCUUGAGCAUCACCGAACAGGUCUAUCCAUCGAUUCUACGAGCUCUGCAGCACACGGAGCCGGGCAAAGGUGCAGAUGGUCAUGUGCGCUUUUCAGUCGUGUCAGACGUGGUGCGGUGGUUCGAGACUAUACUUGGAUGUCUUCACAAAUCCGCGCUGGCUGAGUAUGUCGAAUGCGAGAGCAGAACAGAGUCGAACGUCAAAGCAUCACAGCCUAGGACGGAAGCCGAUAAGCUACCUGCUCCCGUCAAAACAGUCUGCCGUUCGAGCGAUGGACGCAUCCUCGCCCGCGCGCUGAUCAAGCUCAUAACGACUUUGGACCUAUCACAUGAUGUACAUUGCGAUGUCCUAGAGGGGAUUCUAUGUGCUCUCCUCGAUCAGGUCGGCAUGUCCUUGUCGCAGGUCGUGUUUUACGGUUCAAAGAGCACAGAUGCCAGCAUACUUCCGCCGAAGGGCUUGCUUGGCGAUGAUCCCAUUGACUCGCAGGAGGCCGUUGACGUUGUGAAGGUAGAAGGCCCUUACCUCGUUUGCAUUCUUCGUCAAGCGCUGGCCUUUUUACACGCAAAUGCAGGAAACAUGUCGAAGCAAGGCGUGUUGCUUUUUUCAUUACGGGAGCCCACGAAAGAUAAGACACUUCGAGACUUGAUUGAGGCGACCAUACAGAAUACCCUUCUUCGUGGAGUAUUUGGAGACGAUGAUGACACGUUCUAUGAUGCCCUACGGCGUAGUGAAGGGAAUCCAAAUCAUGACCUGGACAAGAUCCUGGCAGAACUGCAGCCUGAAGAGGCUUCUGCGGACUGGUAUAUUGGACAGCUUUGGGAGCAUUUGGGAUGGGAUAUCUUGUCUGGCAAAAGAGCCCUCUGAGAACGUCUUUGCUUCUGAUCUUUUGAGAAAGCAAAGUUUGGGCAAGGUGUGAUGUUGAG